AUGGGAAGUACUCCUGCUGAACUCCCUUGUGAGGAUGUCGCCGAUAACAGAUCCGGUGUCGGAGGUGGUAUCUCCGACGUGUACGGUGAGGAUUUAGCUACCUUGGAUCAGCUCGUUACUCCUUGGGUUACCUCCGUUGCUAGUGGAUACUCGUUGAUGCGUGACCCAAGAUACAACAAGGGACUUGCGUUCACUGAUAAAGAGAGAGAUGCUCAUUACUUAACUGGUUUACUUCCCCCUGUUGUUAUAAGUCAGGAAGUUCAGGAGAGGAAGCUGAUGCAUAAUCUUCGCCAGUACACUGUGCCUCUACAGCGUUACAUGGCCCUAAUGGAUCUUCAGGAAAGGAACGAGAGGUUGUUCUAUAAGCUUUUGAUUGACAACGUGGAGGAGUUGCUUCCAGUUGUGUACACACCAACAGUUGGUGAGGCUUGCCAGAAGUAUGGUAGCAUUUUCAGGAAGCCACAGGGUCUCUACAUCAGCUUGAAUGAGAAGGGAAAGAUUCUUGAAGUGUUGAAGAACUGGCCUCAGAGAGGGAUUCAAGUUAUAGUAGUUACUGAUGGUGAGCGGAUUCUCGGUCUUGGAGAUCUUGGUUGCCAAGGAAUGGGAAUUCCAGUGGGGAAACUCUCUCUUUACACAGCUUUGGGAGGAAUCCGUCCAUCAGCUUGCCUUCCAAUCACUAUUGAUGUGGGUACAAACAACCAGAAGUUGCUGGAUGAUGAAUUCUACAUUGGCCUUAAACAGAGAAGAGCAACUGGGCAGGAGUAUGCAGAGUUUCUGCACGAGUUCAUGUGUGCUGUGAAGCAGAACUACGGAGAGAAAGUGUUGGUACAGUUUGAAGAUUUUGCAAAUCACAAUGCGUUUGACCUUCUGUCUAAGUACAUGGAUACUCAUCUUGUCUUCAAUGAUGAUAUCCAGGGUACUGCAUCAGUGGUGCUUGCUGGGCUUAUUGCAGCUCAGAAGGUGCUUGGUAAAAGCCUUUCUGACCAUACCUUCUUGUUCUUGGGUGCUGGAGAGGCUGGAACCGGUAUUGCUGAGCUAAUUGCCCUUAAGAUUUCUAAAGAGACUGGAGCUCCAAUUGAGGAGACCAGGAAGAAGAUUUGGCUUGUGGACUCUAAGGGACUGAUCGUUAGCUCACGCAAAGAAUCGCUUCAGCAUUUCAAGCAGCCAUGGGCGCAUGAGUAUGAGCCAGUCAAGGACCUCAUUGGUGCUGUGAAUGCAAUCAAACCAACCGUUCUCAUUGGAACCUCUGGUGUGGGUCAGACUUUCACAAAGGAAGUUGUUGAAGCCAUGGCUACUAACAACGAGAAACCGUUGAUUCUUGCUCUCUCAAACCCUACUUCUCAAGCUGAGUGUACUGCAGAACAGGCUUACACAUGGACCAAGGGUCGUGCAAUCUUUGGCAGUGGAAGCCCGUUUGAUCCUGUUGAGUACGACGGAAAAACUUACUUGCCUGGCCAGGCAAACAACUGUUACAUUUUCCCGGGUCUGGGACUUGGUUUGAUCAUGUCCGGUGCUAUUCGUGUCCGUGAUGACAUGCUCCUCGCAGCUUGUAAGUAAAACUUAUGACAGAGACUAAAAGAUUCUGAGUAAAACUCUUUACUUAACUUGUCUCUGUGUGUGUGUGUGUUCAACAGCUGAAGCAUUGGCAGCUCAAGUCACAGAAGAGAAUUUCGCCAACGGUCUGAUCUACCCUCCUUUCUCUAACAUCAGAGAGAUAUCUGCUAACAUUGCAGCCAGUGUGGCCGCAACAACCUAUGACCUCGGAUUGGCGUCGAACCUGCCACGUGCAAAGGAUUUGGUGAAGUUUGCAGAGAGCUGCAUGUACAGUCCUGUCUACAGAAACUACCGUUAAAGACAUUGUGUUGAAGAAACCUCUGCUGCUUCUGCUAUUCACAACCUUAAAUAGUGUGUACUUGAGGCUUGUAUAAGUGUUGUUUGUGUUGUUUUCUACUUUCUUCUACACUAUGAUGUUUCGAGCACUCUCUUCUGUCUUUGGUUCUUGUUUGUGGAAUAAUAAUAAAUCCAGUCUACUAAUUAUGUACUGUCUUAAAAAAAUUACUUUUUACCCUCGCAAUCAAAAUCUCUUAAUAUGGG